AUGAAGACUCCCGAAUCUCCAACGUGGUCCGUGAGAUCAUUACUAUUACCACCAGCAAAAGAUAAAGCAAGCAUCAAUGUUCAAGAACAGCAAGAAGUAAAAAUAACGCAACACGAAUUUCUAAACUUGUUAAAAAUGGCAAGAUUAAAACUUCCAAAUUCAUCGACAAUUGAUAAUAAUUUACUUAACGAGAAAUCAAAUGUAGAAUUAAAAAAUAACGAAACUUCUGAUACUCAAACAGCAUUAAAUAAAGAUAUAAGUAUCUUGUGCAAUUUUGUAAGACAUGUACAAGGUGUUGAUGUUUCUAAUAUAGAGCCAUUAAGAAGUUUUUGGACUACAGAAAUUGAAAGCGGAUUGAGAAAUGAAGAUGUAGAGAAUAGAGAUGAUUUUGGGAAGGAUGAAGGGAUUAAAAAAGGAA